ACUUCGCUCUGUUGCUUCUCGCUGCUGCUGCUCAGACGGCAACAGCUCCGCCCGCCUCUCCGUCUCCCACCGUCUCUCUCUCUCUCUCUCGGUGUCUACCUGUCUCUCUCUCUCUACCUGCCCCCCCCUCCUCCCUCCAUCCCUCCCUCCGUCCCUCUCCUCCCCCCUCUCGGUGCGGACAUGCUCCCGGGGCUCCGGAGAUGAGGCUCCGAAAUGUCUCCUUCCUGACGGUCUUGUUGUUCGGGCUGUGCGGGCUGGUCUCCCUGUCCUGGUACACCGCCUUCAGCAGCUCCAGAGGAGAUGUUGUGGAUAUCUACCAGAGGGAGUUCCUGGCGUUGAGGGAGCGCCUCCACUCGGCUGAGCAGGAGAACCUGCGGCGCUCCAAAGAGCUGAAUCUGGUCCUGGAGGAGAUCAAGAGGGCCAUCGCCGAGAAACAGGCGCUGAGAGACAUCAACCGCACCUGGAGCAGCCUCUCCGAGGAGACCAGGAUGAAGCUGUGGAACGUGAGCAGCAGUAAAAACGUCCUGCAGCUUCCCUCCAUCUUCCAUCACCUUCCUCACCUUCUGAACAGAGAGGACAGCCUGCUGCCCGCCGUGCACCUGGGACAGGGACGCACCGGAGUUUCCAUAGUGAUGGGCGUUCCCAGCGUGAAGAGGGAGGUCCACUCCUACCUGACCGACACGCUCAGCUCUCUGAUGUCAGAGCUCAGCGCCGCCGAGAAAGAGGACUGCGUCAUCGUCGUCCUCAUCGCAGAGGAAGGCAAACUGUUCAUGGUGAUAACCUUGUCUCCUCCUCCCACUCUCUUCCUCCUCCUCCUCCUCAGGUGGAGGACGAAGCAGAACCUGGACUACUGUUUCCUGAUGAUGUACGCUCAGACUAAAGGAACUUACUACGUCCAGCUAGAGGACGACAUAGUCGCUCGUCCAAACUACUUCACCACCAUGAAGAACUUUGCUUUGCAGCAGCCGUCGGAGGAGUGGAUGAUCCUGGAGUUUUCUCAGCUCGGCUUCAUCGGUAAGAUGUUUAAGUCUCUGGACCUGUCGCUCAUCGUGGAGUUCAUGCUGAUGUUCUACAAAGACAAACCCAUCGACUGGCUGCUGGACCACAUCAUGUGGGUCAAGGUGUGCAAUCCAGAGAAGGAUGCGAAACACUGUGACAGGCAGAAAGCCAACCUGAGGAUCCGCUUUAAACCGUCUCUCUUCCAGCAUGUCGGCACCCACUCCUCUCUGGCUGGGAAAAUACAGAAACUCAAGGAUAAGGACUUUGGGAAACAGACCCUCCAUAAGGGUCACGCCAACCCGCUGGCGGAGGUUACAACCAGCCUGAAGACCUACCAGCACUUCACCUUGGAGAAAGCCUACCUGGGGGAGGACUUCUUCUGGGCCUUCACCCCUGUAGCGGGGGACUUCAUACGAAUACGAUUCUUCACACCUGUCCGCAUCGAGAGGUAUUUCUUUCGAAGUGGAAACAUCGAACAUCCAGGAGACAAACUUUUCAACACAUCAGUGGAGGUUCUACCGUUUGAUAAUAUCCAAGCAGAGAAAGAGGCCUUGACAGAAGGGAGGGAGAAAACGCCAAAGUACCAUCGCACAGAAGACGGAUUCAUCAGAAUAGGAACCUUCCAGAACGGGAUUGCAGAAGGGGAGGUAGACCCCACCUUCGGGCCCCUGGAGGCCAUGCGUCUCACAGUGAUGACAGACUCGCCGGUCUGGGUGAUCCUCAGCGAGAUCUUUAUAAAGAAAGCAGAGUGAAGCUCCUCUCCCCCUCCGCAAUACCUCAGCACCUCCGAGCGUUCAGCCGAGCUGACCCGGGGGGAGGCUCGCCGGCCGCCUUCCUGCUCCAGUUCCACUCUCCAGAUCCCCCACCGCGGUGCCACAACGCCGCCGUCUGGCCGGACCUCGCCACUGCAGGGCUGAACAGCUCAAAGACUGAAAACGCAGAUCUCACAGACAGCUGGACAGUCCGAGUGGAAGAACCUGUCUGACCCGACAUGCAAAAAGAGAGUUUCCUCUCAGAUCGUGCUGUAAUUACUCCUGAAGAGUCUGUAUUUAUGUGUACAUACAGUAAGUAAAUGUUGAAAACACUGGUAAUUGUGGAGGCCGUGGCGAGACCGCCGCGCCACUUCUGAUGAUGAAACUGCUGCUUCAGAAGGCCUCUUUCUAUCUGCAGACGGUCGGUCCGGACCAACACUGUCCCACCAGUAUACCCCCACAGUAACCAUGUAUGUGCAUAUAUGCAUAGAGAUGUACACACUUAUCAUAUGAAUGCCCUCUCAGUGUGUUGAUACGUGUCUGUAGUUGCUGCUCGGGGUUCAGACCUUUUCCCUCCAUCGGUGAGCGAUUUGCCUUAAAGAAGACGAAGAGCAGAUUUACUUCAAACAAAAACGAGUCCCGGACAGAAACAUGUAGCGACAACAAAUACCCAGAAUCCUUUGCUGCGACCUUCUCACAUUGUUGUGGCUUGAAACUACUGACGAUGACAGCUGAUAUUUUGCUUUUUUUAAUGAAGUCUUUUAAAGUUGAUUUAUUUUAAGUUAAUUGAGGCCUUCUCACUGACGACUGCUCUGUUCUACUUUACAGUACUCUAAUGUGCUUUAUAGUACUCUAAUGUACUUUAUAGUAUUCUAAUGUACUCUACAGUGCUCUAAAAUACUAUAUAUUACUCUAAUGUACUUUGUAGGACUCUAACAUACUUUACAGUACUUUAAUUUAAAUCUACAGUACUCUACUGUACGUUUUAGUACUCUAAUGUACUCUAGAGUACUCUAACAUACUCUAUAGUUCUAUACAGUACUCUAAUGUAUUGUACAGUACUCUAGUUUCCUCUGCUGUGCUUUAUUGUACUUAACUGUACUGUAGUUUUCCAGUCCGGUGCAAAAACAAAGAUUCACGUCUUUUCUUUCUUUCCGUUUUCAGUCUCUCGUUGACACUUUUAGUAAUAAAUAGUAUAAUUCUUCCAAUAGAAUAUUUGUUUCUCUGUAAAGAUGCAGUCUUUUUCCACAUGUCUUCAUGUUGGCUUACACGUCCGAGGAGGGACGUUUUAAAAAAUUGUUCCCUUGAAACAUUAGUGUUGUUUCCUUCAGUCCAUGUCUCCUGUGUUCCCUCAUUAAUGUGUUGAAUAAUUGGUGCCCUCAAAAGGAGAACAUAAGUCCUUCAAAUUCUAGACAAUGAGUCCUUAAAUCUGAGCCGGUCUCAUCCCGGGGCGUCAAAUACCGAACCUUUGAGAAAGCCGGACAAACCGUCGGUAUUUCACGCACAAGGUACCCUUCAGCGUCCGUGUGAAGUGCCCUGGGCAUUCAAGUAAGUCCAAUUCAACCCAUCUGCCGUCCCACUAUGUACCUAUUUCAACCCAAAACACAAUGUUUUCCUAAACCUAACCAAACUGCAUAUAAACCACAUAUUAAAAAGGCCUUUCAUACGGACGCUGAAGGGUACCUUGUGCGUCACCAAUGCUUUGCCAGGCUUUCUGAAAGCGUUGAUAUUUGACGCCCUGAGAAGAGAACGAGUUGUGAGUCCACAUGUCAUUGUCCCCUCCACACUCUCCCUAUGGACCAACUGGAUUUAAUCAUGUUUCAGCUGGAUCCUAGAUUGUAAGGCCAAAGUACUUGGUCUGGGUCACCAUACACUGAUGACCAUACACUUUUUUAGACCACUGCGUUCUUUUGUGUUCGACCCUUUCCUGUUUCAACACAACUCAAAGCAGCUCCUAAGAGAAAUGCUUUUCCCAGUUUGGUGUGGAAGAACUUGACUGGCCUACAGAGUCCCGACCUCAACCCCAUCCAACAUUAGCCAGACUUGGUCACCAACAUCAGUGCUGGACCUCACUAAUGGUCUGGUGUCUGAAUGGGAGCAACAUGUUGAACUGGAAAGACUGAAACCAGCAGAGUGGAGGCUGUGGAAGCAGCACUUUAAUGAACAUGGAGUCACAUAUGGAGGGAAAGUUCAGCCGUCCACGUACUUCGAUUAGGUGUCCACAUACUUUUGAAUAUUCCGGGUUUUGGCCGUUAAUGUUGAGCUGUAAUUGUUUAAACCAUAAAAGCUUGGACUUGCAGAUCAGAAAAAGACAUGCAGACGUCUCUUGGUUGAUUGUUUUUUCAGCUGUUAGAAUUUUUCAUUUUCACAAGUGAACAUUUUUUAUAUUUUCUGGGUACAUGGAGUGCGUUUACAUUUGCGCAAGUAUCUUUUUGUGUUUAGGUUUUCGGAGUAUAGUGAUUACGUGUUGCAUACGUAAACAUCCUGGUUUCUGAAACCUGGAGUACUCAGACAGAAACCAGGAUACUGAGGCAAGUGAACGACUGAACCCGGUUUCUGAAACCUGAGAUUGUGAGAAAUGAUGACCUGCAGAGAGACCUGGAUGCAGUUAUGAUCAUGUAUACAGCGAUAGAAAUAACCAGGUUUGAUAAGAUCCAAACCAGGAUACUAGUGUGCAUAAAAACAUACUUAUACAUUUAACCUGCAGGAAAUGCCUGCUGUGAAUUGAAAGAUCAUCAGGUAAAUGCUCUUAAAACAAGGAAACACAGAUUUUAUGUGAUCUUAAAAACGUUCACUUUUCAACCAAAGUUAGCUCACAAACAUAGUCACCUUCAUAUCAACAAACCGAUUGUUAUUCAGAUACACCAAUUAUUAAUAUAAGGGAACAAAAUGACUAAAUAAGGGAGCGAUUUAGCAAAACUUUUCCUCCAGAGCGUCCCUGCUCUCAACACUUCAUUCAUUCAUUCGGACCCAACCGAACUUCGGUGUCUUCAAGCUUCAGGAAACAUCCCAACUUUUCUUUUCUUACCUUUGUAAGAUGCACUGGAAUGCAUUGCUGUAAUCUUGUGUUUGUAUUUUGUAUCCUUUAGAUAAACUCUAUUUAAAUGAUCUGAAACUUCUAUCCAAUAUGUGAAUUGUAAUAAAGACAGAAGUUGAAA